AUGGAGAUCCGCCAGCGCUGCUGCCAGGGGGGCUGUAACACUCUGGAGGUGGGCCGGUCCAGUGAAGGGCAGGGCCUGAGCUCUUUCCUGGCCAGGCCUUCUCAGCCAUCCUGGAGCCGCCUGGCGGCUGGGGGAGGCUCUUUCCUUGGCUUUCAUAAAAACUACAAGCCACACCAUGCCCGAGGGUUCCACAUCUCGGAGGGGGCGGGAGGGGGGUGCCGGAACGUCUUCUCAGCACCCCUAGCCGGCAGCCUCCAGCAUGUCCGCCUUGACUUUAUGCCGACUUUACAGAUUCCAGACUUCCAAAAACAACCACGACAGACAAGGCAGACAAGACAGACAGACACUUACCACACAGCGGCUUUUCGGAUCAGGGUCCACAAGGGGAUGGGGCUGGUCACCAGAAAGACAGAGGCAGGACGGGAGAAGAGAGACUUCCAGCAUCCUUCUCACUUCCGGGGCAGGGAGAAGGGCUGGAAUUGGAGCUACUCUCUGAUGGCCAGUCACACAGCAAACCUGGGUAAUGGAGCCUCCUUAAACACUCAAGAGGACAGGGUUUGGAGCACUUCCAGACGGUGGACACGGGUAAGUGGGAAGCGUGAGUCCCUGACGUUUCUGAGGGACGUACAUCGAAUGCAGGGAGGCAAGAAGAAUUUGUCCUGUUCAAAAGUAAUGCCGAUUGUUCAGUGUGGACAGGAGACACAGGGGGCAGCUGAGAAAGCCAACCAGGAGGAGGGGACAGUGUAUCAGAAAUAUAGUAUAGGCCCGGGCGGCCUCACAUCGGCGGCGCCUGCCGGCGGGGACAAGAAGGUCAUCGCAAGGAAGGUUUUGGGAACAGUAAAAUGGUUCAAUGUGAGAAACGGAUAUGGUUUCAUCAACAGGAAUGACACCAAGGAAGAUGUAUUUGUACACCAGACUGCCAUAAAGAAGAAUAACCCCAGGAAGUACCUUCGCAGUGUAGGAGAUGGAGAGACUGUGGAGUUUGAUGUUGUUGAAGGAGAAAAGGGUGCGGAGGCAGCAAAUGUUACAGGCCCUGGUGGAAUUCCAGUUCAAGGCAGUAAAUACGCAGCAGACCGUAACCAUUAUAGGCGCUAUCCACGUCGCAGGGGUCCUCCACGCAAUUACCAGCAGAAUUACCAGAAUAGCGAGAGUGGGGAAAAGAACGAGGGAUCUGAGAGUGCUCCUGAAGGCCAGGCCCAACAACGCCGGCCCUACCGCAGGCGAAGGUUACCACCUUACUACAUGCGGAGACCCUAUGGGCGUCGACCACAGUAUUCCAACCCUCCUGUGCAGGGAGAAGUGAUGGAGGGUGCUGACAACCAGGGUGCAGGAGAACAAGGUAGACCAGUAAGACAGAAUAUGUAUCGGGGUUAUAGACCACGAUUCCGCAGGGGCCCUCCCCAAAGACAGCCCAGAGAGGACGGCAAUGAAGAGGAUAAAGAGAAUCAAGGAGAUGAGACCCAAGGUCAGCAGCCGCCUCAACGUCGGUACCGUCGCAACUUCAAUUACCGACGCAGACGCCCAGAAAACCCUAAACCACAAGAUGGCAAAGAGACAAAAGCAGCCGAUCCACCAGCUGAGAAUUCGUCCGCUCCCGAGGCUGAGCAGGGCGGGGCUGAGUAAAUGCCGGCUUACCAUCUCUACCAUCAUCCGGUUUAGUCAUCCAACAAGAAGAAACGAAUAUGAAAUUCCAGCAAUAAGAAAUGAGCAAAAGAUUGAAGCUGAAGACCUUAAGUGCUUGCUUUUUGCCCGUUGACCAGAUAACUAGAACUAUCUGCAUUAUCUAUGCAGCAUGGGGUUUUUAUUAUUUUUACCUAAAGAAGUCUUUUUUGGUAAUAACAAACGUGUUUUUUAAAAAAUCCUGGUUUUUCUCAAUAACGCCUUUAAAGGUUUUUAAAUUGUUUCAUAUCUGGUCAAGUUGAGAUUUUUAAGAACUUCAUUUUUAAUUUGUAAUAAAAGUUUACAACUUGAUUUUUUCAAAAAAGUCAACAAACUGCAAGCACCUGUUAAUAAAGGUCUUAAAUAAUAAAAAAAAAAAA